AUGAUCACAAUCGGACUGUUCAUGUCACUCCUAUUGGCAGUAAUAAGGAGUUAUUCUGGUAUGUAUGUUUAUUUGAUCUUUUAGUAAUUUUUGAGUCGCUUUUCACGCGCUGUUUGCUCAUCAAAAGCAAUGGGCGAUGAGAGUAUUUUUUUUAACCUUUCGUACCAUGUGAAGAAUAAUUUAUAUACCAAGCCUCAUUCAAAAAUUGUUAAACAGCUUUAGAUAUCAACUAAUUACAUUGCUCAAAACACCAGGAUCACUGACUGUGAAUAUGCUAAUAAAAUAAGCACUAGUUUCGGUUUUUGUGAUAUCCGAAAUUAUCUCAGUCUUGGUAAAUGUAAGUUGUUGUUGUUGUUGUUGUUGUUUUAACUAAUUUUAUUUGCCUUAAACAAAAAUAAUUACAAAUAUUAUUUGUAACUAUUUAAGCUAUUUUCUAUUUUCACAGCGGGCUGAAAGUAAAAAACUAAAAUAACAAAAGAAAGGAAAGAAAAAAGAAAGAAACUAAAUUAAAAGGAAAAAGACGCUAACCUAAUGAUCAUGAGUCAGUGAAACAGUACAGCAGUACAAGUGUAAGUGAUGAGACUUACCAAGACCUUGAUUCCGGAUAUCACAAUAACCUCAUCCAAUAAUUAUUGUUCAUUUAUUUAUUAUACAUCGAAGUUAUUUCUAUGUUUGUGAUUGGCCCAAAUCCCACAGUUAUUACUUCAUAACCAGCUAGCGUUGACCAGAUGUGGAAGAUGUUUGCCAUAUCCGGAAAAGUGACUUCAAUAGUACAUAGUAAUCGCCAGAAUAGGAACGGCAACCGAGAAGCCCUGGGAAGAGUUUGAGUUGUUUUUGUAGAGCUUAUAAAUAAUAAAACUGUAUGAAAUGGAGGGACAUUUCACACAUUUCGCGAAGACGAAAAAGCCGAACUACUAUCUAAAAACAUAGCAAGAAAUGCAAGAAUAAAACUAAACAAAUGGCAUCUGCUGUUGAAAGAAUAUCUGCCUGACUACUGAAACCUUCUUCUGUACCCCAAACUUGCCGAGAAACAGGCAAAUGAAGACAGGCACCUAACAUGUACAUCGAUCGAGUUUGGCAUUUUUAGCUUGUUUUAAAAGCUUUUUUUAAAUGCUUAAAGGAAUUAUUUUGAAAGAACAAUAAAACGAUUAUUGGAUUUGGUAUUAGUGAUAAUUCUUUUAAACCUUUCACGAUCUUAAAAGAUCGUGAAAGGUUUGAACCCAAGAGUCAUUUCACAAGUAGGUUGAGUUUGAUCGUCCGGGUGAACGUAGUCCUGAAUAGGACUUUUGUUGUUGACAGUCACUGUCAACAACAACAGUCCUAUUCAGGACUACGUUCACCCGGACGAUCAAACUCAACCUACUUUUGAAUUCUUAAGAUCAUACUCAGCCUCAUCCAGUAAUUUUUCAUCACUGUUUAAGUCACAUACAAUCGUCACAGAUGCCUCAAUUUUAUCCUUUUAGCUUUGGAAUGCCCUGAAAAGUGGAGCGAAUUUGAAGGCUUUUGCUACAAGGUUAUGGAUAGGUUAGGUUAUCGGAGGAAAUUUGCCUGGUCAACAGCUUUAAGAGGGUGUAUUGGGUUUGGAGGAGACCUGGUAAGCAUAUCAAAUGAAAAACAAAUGAAGUUUGUUCAUAACUUGUCUUUCAAAGACACAGACCGCACUUCUGUGUGGAUUGGGUUGGCGUUUCGGCAUCAAACGGGCGGAUAUGAAUGGAACAAUGGAGAAUUGUUUAACAGUUCUGUUUCCGUCAAGUGGAUCGGUAACAUGUCAAGACGUUUUUAUGAAGAUGAAUGCGUCGAAAUCUUGAAAAUUGGCUGGAAACUCUCGAAAUGUUGCAAGGAAAACGAAUAUUUCAUAUGUGAGAGACCCAAAGGUGAGUUGUUCCUGUUGGGAACUUGGCAUUAA